CCGUUCCCCAAAACUUAACUCCAUUUCCGGUAGCUGUCGAGAAGAGCUGCCCAACAGCUCCGUUGGGGACUAGAGUGUCUACGACGCUAGCAAGAUUCUAAAACGCUUUGACGGAUGGCUUAGAACAGAGUCAUCCUUCCUCUUCCCCUCCCUCCUUCAAAUGCGUAUAUUCCAUUUUGGAUGAGAUGGUAGUGAGUUAUUUUCCAACGAAAGAGACCGCUUUGGCCUCCUUAAUAAGAACCAUAGAGACUUGAACUUUCUAUGCCCGCCCCCGCUUCCGCUUCGGGCGCCUCUUUCUAGUCACUUCCCGUUGGCUUAGAGUGCGAGUAGAAGAGGAGGAGGGGUGGGGCGGCCCAAAGCAGGCGUGAAGGAGUCCCAAGUGGAAGGAAAUGAAUGUGAGACGUAACCCGGAAGUCACGAAAAGGAUACAGGAAGUGAAGGGGAGGAGUUAGAUAUAAGGGGAGGGGGCCAGAUGAGGAGGGGGAAGGGGGAACUUAGGUAGAAUUUGCAUUCAGAACCCAGACGAGGUAAACAGUCGAGGGGACCAAAAUAGUGCUAUAUUCCCUUCUACAGCGUAGGACUUGGGGUGGGAAGGGCUAUUUAUCAAUUAGGUUUGGAAAUUAGAGCUCCUUUCUUGUUGGAGCUAGAAACUGUGUAUUCGAUAGAGUGUGUGUUGGGGUCAGGGUGUCUGUGGUUUUCGUUGGGAGUGAGGAAGAGAUAGGGUCCAGAAAGGGAGGUUGGUUGUCGCGUUUAAGGAGGAGUCUCUCUUCCCGACUUCCCUAACCCUUUGCUUAUAACCUUCCCUGAUUGAUUUGAGGCUAAGAUGGCUGCCGUUGCUAUGGCACCCAACCCAGUCCAAACCCUCCAAGAGGAGGCAGUAUGUGCUAUCUGCCUGGAUUACUUUACUGAUCCCGUGUCCAUUGGCUGUGGGCACAACUUCUGCAGGGUGUGUGUGACCCAGUUGUGGGGUGGAGAGGAUGAGGAGGAGAGGGAGGAAGAGGAAGAUGAAGGAGAAGAGGAAGAAGUGGAGGCAGUGGGUGCCAGUGGUGGGUGGGACACUCCUAUGAGAGAGGAUGAGUACGAGGGGGAUAUGGAGGAAGAAGUAGAGGAGGAGGAAGAUGAGGAGUUUUGGACCAAUAGCAUCAAUGGCCCUACCUGGGACAACAUGGAUUAUGUAUGGGAUGAGGAUGAAGAGGAAGAUUUGGACUACUACUUGGGGGAUGUGGAAGAGGAACUAAGGGGUGAGGAGGAGGAAGAAGAUGAAGACGAGGAAGUGUUAGAGGAAGAUGAGGAGGAAGAGGAAGAGCUAGAGCCAGCUACCCCUCCACCACCAGCCAACGCUCCUAGGCGUAGAUUCACCUGCCCCCAGUGUAGGAAAACUUUUCCACGUAGGAGCUUUAGACCCAAUCUACAGUUGGCCAACAUGGUGCAGGUAAUUCGGCAAAUGCACCCUGCGCCUCGGAGAGGAAGUCGGGGAAAUGAACAAGGAGUAUGCCCCAAGCACCAAGAGGCCCUUAAAUUGUUCUGUGAGGUGGAUGAAGAGGCUAUCUGUGUGGUAUGCCGAGAAUCAAGAAAUCACAAGCAACACAGUGUGGUGCCAUUGGAGGAAGUGGUGCAGGAGUAUAAGGCCAAGCUGCAGGGUCACGUGGAGCCAUUGAGGAAGCACCUGGAAGCUGUGCAGAAACUGAAGGCCAAGGAAGAGAGGAGGGUCACAGAGCUCAAGAGCCAGAUGAAGACCGAGCUGGCAGCAGUAGCAUCAGAAUUUGGAAGAUUGGCACGAUUUCUGGCUGACGAACAAGCUGGGCUUGAACGGCGCUUACGAGAACAGCAUGAAGCCCAGUUAGGGCGAGCAGGAGCAGCAGCGGGGCGCCUAGGGGAGCAAGCUACACAGCUAAGUCGACUGUUGGCUGAAGCACAAGAGCGAAGCCAACAGGGCGGACUUCGGCUGCUCAAGGAUAUCAAGGAGACUUUUAACAGGUGUGAGGAGGUACAGCAGCAACCUCCAGAGAUCUGGUCCCCAGAUCCCAGUCAUCCCCACAGUCAUGACUUCUUGACAGAUGCCAUUGUGAGGAAGAUGAGCCGGAUGUUCUGUCAGGCUGCCCGAGUGGACCUGACUCUGGAUCCUGAUACUGCUCAUCCAGCUUUAGCCCUGUCACCAGAUCGACGUGGGGUCCGUCUGGCAGAGCGGCGCCAGGAACUUCCCGAUCAUCCCAAACGAUUUUCAGCUGAAUGCUGUGUGCUGGGUGCCCAGGGCUUCCGUUCUGGUCGCCAUUAUUGGGAGGUAGAAGUCGGGGGGCGGCGUGGAUGGGCUGUAGGGGCUGCUCGUGAAUCAACUCGUCACAAGGACAAGGGAGGACCAGCAGUGGGUCCUGGGGGUGGUAGUGGGGAUGCCACACCAUCCCGUCACCACCAUCGCCGCAGACGGCCCCAUUUGCCCCAGCAGCCAAUGUUUCAAAGGGAGGUAUGGUGUGUGGGCACCAAUGGAAAGCGGUACCAGGCACAGAGCUCAACUGAGCAGACACCUUUGAGCCCUGGUGACAAACCACAUCGAUUAGGGGUAUACCUGGACUAUGAAGCAGGACGACUAGGCUUCUAUAAUGCUGAGACUCUAGGACAUGUACAUACUUUCUCAGCUGCCUUUUUGGGUGAGAGGGUCUUUCCCUUCUUCAGGGUGAUUUCCAAAGGUACUCGAAUCAAACUGUGCCCCUAAAGCAUCCCAAUGCUUGCUCUCCCCUCCCCCAAACUUCCUUUAUCUUGGAAGAGAUUAAGGGUGGGUCCUCAAGCUGGGGAGGUUGGUUUUCUUCUACAUCCCUAUUCUUUUCUCCUAUGUUCCCACCUCCGGUUUUCAUCUUCCUACCUUCUCUCUCCUCUCAAUCCUUUUCUAUGGUUGGGUCUCUGAAAGAAAAAUUGUUAAUCUGCUUUCCCCAUUUUCUACCUUAACCCUUUCCAAUUCCACCUGUAUUGUUUUACCUAAAUGAAUUUUAUUUAGGGAAGGGGUAUUGUUUUUCUUUAAUGGUAUGAGACCUUUUCCCAUCCUCAAAUAAAUACCUGUCAACUGUAACUGAAAGGGAGAGAUGGGAAGACUCCUGAAUUCCUCCAAGUUCUGUCUCAGAUCAAAACCAUAUUGGUUUCAUCCUCAUGGUUUUGUACUUUUUCACCUUAGAUGUCUCCACCCUUUUUUUCUGUUCUGCUACUCACUUGCCUCCAUUUUCUGAAGGGGAGUUUGUCACCAAAAAAUAUGACUAUAUUCUCAGGCCCAGAUUUCCCUUGCCCCUCCCCAGUUUGCAGCAUCCCCUACUUGGCAGCCCACUAGGAGGUAGGGAUCAAUUUGAUCCUUUGAGAAGUCUUGGGCAUAGUCUAUAUUUUUCUAGAACCUUCCACUUAAAAUUUGAGAGUAACCCUUGCUCCACCCCAUUUCUUAGCCUCCUGCCUUUCUCUGUACUGCUCUUUAGCUGAGGUUGGUUGGGGGGGGAGGGAAUUGAAGGGUGGGAGUGGAAUUCUGUGUAGAAAUGGCCAAUAAAAGUUUACCGUUUAUCAGUUGCAGUGAGUAUGGUUUU